AUGACCGGAAGGAACGUCGAGCACAACAGCCGAUUUAAUCAGGUGAUAAUGAGGAUCCGGUCUCCCAGAACUACGGCCAUGAUCACAGAAAGAGGACACCUGACCUGCUACGGAGCAUGCAGUUUCGAAGACGCACACCGGGCCGCUCGCCGAUUUGCACGGAUCAUUCAAAAGAUGGGCUUCCCCGUGAGCUUCUCCAAUUUCAAGAUCAACAACGUCACAACGGUGUUCCAGUCGUUCCGCGUCCGACUGAACCGUCUGUCUGAGGCGCUCCGAGGACACUGCAGUUACGAGCCGGAGCGGUUCACUGGCCUCUAUUUUCACUUUGAAAAUGUCAGGAUCUGUGUCUUCCACACCGGGAAGAUGAUUUUCACCGGGAGCUCAGACCUCAGCAUGUACACCAGAGCGUUCUGGAGAUUGUACCCAGCUCUGUGCAACGCCAGGCGCUAA